GCUCUCCGGAGGCCGCGCUCCUGAGACUGGUACAGGGGCGGCCGGGACCCCAUCCGCGGGGCUGCGUCCCGGGGUGCCGUGUCCUCUGCUGGUCGGUCCUGGGUCCCGAGCCAGCAGAUCUGCAGCGGCCACGCGGGUCGAGGAACUUGGGAUAGGGCCUGACACGGGGACUCCGCGGAUGUCUUUAGUCAGCCUAGUUCUGGGGAGCCCUGGACGCCCCUCUCGGUGAAAGCAGUCUGUCUCCACGCCCUGCACGCUCAGUGGUCCCCAGAAGUUUCCUUUUGCUCCCUCGGGAUUCUUGGUUUAAAUUUGGAACUUGGCUUGGAUCGCUGGAAGCCAUUUGCCAUCCUUCUGGGGAUCUGGUAGGACAGGUCGCUCUCUUUCUUCACCAUGAUUCCCUGCAGAGCCAUGAUCACUUUCACCCGAUGUCUGAUCCGGAGAAAAAUUGUCACCCUGGACAGUCUAGAGGAGUCCAAACUAUGCCGCUGCUUAACCACCAUGGACCUGAUUGCUCUGGGGGUUGGAAGCACCCUGGGUGCUGGGGUUUAUGUCCUCGCUGGGGAAGUUGCCAAAGCGGAUUCUGGCCCCAGUAUCGUGGUGUCCUUCCUCAUCGCUGCCCUGGCCUCAGUAAUGGCAGGCCUUUGCUACGCUGAAUUCGGGGCCCGAGUGCCCAAGACUGGGUCGGCCUAUCUGUACACCUAUGUCACAGUUGGGGAGCUGUGGGCCUUCAUCACUGGCUGGAAUCUCAUUCUAUCGUAUGUUAUAGGUACAUCAAGUGUCGCAAGAGCAUGGAGUGGCACCUUUGACGAACUUCUCAACAAACAGAUUGGUCAGUUUUUCAAAACAUACUUCAGGAUGAAUUACACGGGGCUGGCAGAGUAUCCAGACUUCUUUGCUGUCUGCCUUAUAUUACUUCUAGCAGGUCUUUUGUCUUUUGGAGUAAAGGAGUCUGCUUGGGUGAAUAAAUUCUUUACAGCUAUUAAUAUCCUGGUCCUUCUCUUUGUAAUGGUUGCUGGGUUUGUGAAAGGAAAUGUGGCUAACUGGAAGAUCAGUGAAGAGUUUUUGAAAAAUAUAUCCACAAGUGCUAGAGAACCACCUUCUGAAAAUGGAACAAGCAUCUAUGGGGCUGGAGGCUUUAUGCCCUAUGGAUUUGCAGGAACCUUAGCUGGUGCUGCAACAUGCUUUUAUGCCUUUGUGGGCUUUGACUGCAUUGCAACAACUGGUGAAGAAGUCCGGAAUCCCCAAAAGGCUAUACCAAUUGGAAUAGUGACUUCUUUACUUGUUUGCUUUAUGGCCUAUUUUGGGGUUUCUGCAGCUUUGACACUUAUGAUGCCUUAUUACCUCCUUGAUGAGAAAAGCCCACUGCCUGUAGCAUUUGAGUACGUUGGAUGGGGUCCUGCCAAAUACGUUGUUGCAGCCGGUUCCCUCUGUGCAUUGUCGACAAGUCUUCUUGGAUCCAUUUUCCCAAUGCCUCGUGUAAUCUAUGCUAUGGCGGAGGAUGGGUUGCUUUUCAAAUGUCUAGCUCAAAUCAAUUCCAAAACGAAGACACCAAUAAUUGCUACUUUGUCAUCGGGUGCAGUGGCAGCUGUGAUGGCAUUUCUUUUUGACCUGAAGGCUCUGGUGGACAUGAUGUCCAUCGGCACCCUCAUGGCCUACUCUCUGGUUGCAGCCUGUGUGCUCAUCCUCAGGUACCAGCCUGGCUUAUGUUACGAGCAGCCCACAUACACCCCUGAGAAGGAAAUUCUGGGAUCAUGCGCCAGUGCAGCUUCGAAAAGCGAGUCCCAGGUCACCAUGCUGCAAGGACAGGGUUUCAGCCUACGGAUCCUCUUCAGCCCUUCUGCUCUGCCUACUCGACAGUCAGCUUCUCUUGUGAGCUUUCUGGUAGGAUUCCUGGCAUUUCUCGUCUUGGGCCUGAGUAUUCUGACCACAUAUGGAGUCCAGGCUGUUGCCAGACUGGAAGCCUGGAGCCUGGCCCUUCUUGCCCUCUUUUUUGUCCUAUGUGUGGCCGUUGUUCUUAGCAUUUGGAGACAACCACAGAAUCAGCAAAAAGUAGCCUUCAUGGUACCAUUCCUACCAUUCCUGCCAGCCGUCAGCAUCCUGGUCAACAUUUACCUGAUGGUCCAGUUAAGCGCUGACACUUGGGUCAGAUUCAGCAUUUGGAUGGCACUUGGCUUCUUGAUUUACUUUGCUUACGGCAUUAGACACAGCCUGGAGGGUAACCCCAGGGAUGAAGAAGACGAUGAAGAUGUUUAUUCAGACAACAUCAAUGCAGCAACAGAAGAAAAAUCUGCCAUGCAAGAAAAUGACCAUCACCAAAGAAAUCUCAGUUUACCUUUCAUAUUCCACGAAAAGACAAGCGAGUGCUGAUCUCUCAGGAGCAGAGCUGGCCCACAGUCUUACCACACACAUCCACAUUGAAUAAACUAUGACAGGAUGUCACCAUCAUGCUGGGUUGUCAUGGGCUUGCUGCAGACAUAGUUCACCUAGUUUAUGCUCCUCCUCUAGACAACAUCUCUCAGAUGGUGAAUUAUAUAUCUGGGGAAACUUCCUGAGCUUACUCCUCAGAGAUGAGUACCCCCAAAAUAGCGUGUGUGUCUGUGUGAAUACAUACAUGUUUGGGAACAUGACUGUUAAAAGUUGGUAUUUUGUUAUUGUGUGAUGUUCCAAAGUUGUAAUUGGUGGCAUAUAUUGUAGAGUAGAUCAUGAAGUAGAAAUGUGUUCUGUAUAUGCCACGUGGUUGGGGGAAAUAGUUGCUGUUUUUCCUUAUUAGGAUUAUUAGUGUCAAUUUAAACAUGCUGAAAAUGUAGUCACAUGUCAUGGUGUGCAUCAGUGAUCGGGGAUGAGGAGGGGAUAAGAAAUGAGCCUUUUCUGUCAGUUAUAAUGCCUGCGGUGGGGUUAGUACACAGUUGUUUCUCCUAUCUAGUAAGACAGUUUACUAAAACCUCAGCCAGUGGAAGUGUUUGUUUUUACUUUAUGACACAAGUUAGAGAGGCGUUCUGUGACACCAGAUGUCAUUGCUAGGGACUCCUGUCUUUGAGAGCCAUGGUCCUUAAAUAUGACACUUCCGCCUGGUAUGAAUGAUAUACCCCACUCAAUCACAUCAGGGUACUUUUAUCUACUUGGAACUCUGAGAGUUAAGGUGGUCUCUACAACCCAAAAUGGGUAUAAGUGACCAUGAUGAGGCUGUGCUUGACAAUCAGAGAGUUUGAUGUAUGCUUAGAUAUGCAGGCAUGAGACUUCCUUCUUUUAAAAGUAACCUAAGCCACUAGAAUCAGACUUUUCCCCUAUUACUUAAUACCUAACUCAUAGUUUGGCUUUUUUCACAUCAGGCAUAGAAUUCACUCCUUGGUUAGUUAUUUUGUCCAAACAGUCAUAUGUAAAGGGAUGUGGUAAUAAACUCCAUAAUGUACAAAAGAGAAAGAGAGGGAGGGAUGUAAGAGAAAAUACCCCUAUUCACAUAUUAAAUGGCAUUUUGGCCCAAUUUAAGGAGUUUAAAUCUAAUUUGCCUCUGAGCAAUGUUUCUUUUGGAAAUGUUUAGGGGUCUUCCAACCCCAUCAUUUAGCACUUUUUAAUUUCAUUUGCUUUUAAUUUCAUUUGACCACACUAAGCCUAAUAACACAAGCUCCAGUAUUCUAUAAUAACUCAUCAAUGAGUGGGAAAUUAUUUUCAGAACAUUAAUACUUAAAGCUUCAAGCUAAAAAAGUAGUCAAAUUGAAUUAAAAGUUAUAACUAUAGUGACCUUUGGAUAUGAUUGAAUAAAUUUUUGUAUGUAAGAUUCUCUGAUUUCAGAUUAUAUACCUUCAGCCUUUCUUAUUCUUUGCAAGUUAAUUUUUGUAAGUUAAUUUUUGUAUAAAUAGGUAAAUACUUUAUUAGAUAAGGCUAGUGGCUAGUACACACCCAAGUACAUGGGUGUGGCACUCAUUGAAGACCGUGUGUCAUCGAGCAUGCUAGACGAUCUGUGUGAUCUCACGGCAAGGAAAACAAUGGCUUUCUGGUAAUUCUUCUAAGCAAUCAUUUAUUUUAGUGAUUCAAGUUGUGAUUCUUUUUGUGUAACCAGUUUAUUAGGAUUAACUAUCAAAAAAGCAGGCAAAGGCCUGGGUUUCUGGCUACUAGGGUCGUAUCUCUGACCCAGAGCUCAUUGCUGACAUUCCACAAUUUCCAAGGUGCACAUGGUCAGAUCUGAAGCCCAGACUCUCUUUCCAGUUGCGUGCUUUAUUGAAGAGGAGUAGAAUAAGCAGAGGGAAAAUGGUUUGGGAAGGACUGUAGGCAUGAUCAAGAAUCCUUGCUCUUAAAGCAGUGCCCUUCACACAAGAAAUGUGAGAAAUUUCAUAUAUCAUAUAUGAAUACUUUUUCACUGUAACAAAAUCAGAUUUGUUUAGAAUGUGAUAGGCAGCUGAAAGUAUUGUGCCCACUCUGUUCAGUUAGGAGCAGAACUUAGUUAAAAACUUUUUU